CAUCUCCAUGCAUGCAUUCUGUAUACGCGCAUGCCCUCUUCUUCUUGGUACCGUAUCCAUGGAGAUCCCGGCCUCUCUACUCCAUGAAUGAUAUAUCCCUUUCACCCCACACCCUUUAGCCCCUUUUGAUACCAUUCCUCAAAGAGAGAGAGAUCGAGAUGUGUUACUAGUUCACUCUCCUCUGCUCCAUAGUCCCCACUCCACUCACCCUUCUCUCCUCCAAGUCGUCUCCUUCCUCCCUUUGCCACAGUUUUGGUGAACCACCCUGUCAAGUCUCAACCAAUCCAAGCAAAACCCAUCCUCUUCUUAACCUCCAUGCAUGCUGCAUACCACUGCAUCACGGCCUCACAUUUACGUCCACCUCCAUCUCCAUGGCCGGCAAUGGCGCAGCUCGCCUUCUACGGUUCCCUACUGCGACCACAUUGCCGCCGCUGCUACUAGUACUACUACAACUAUUAGGCGUGGCCUCGGCGCUUAACCAAGACGGCGUAUUGCUCCUCUCCUUCAAGCUCUCGCUCGCCGCCGACCCGCUUGACUCGCUCUCCGGCUGGACCUACGCCGACGCCACGCCAUGCGCAUGGAACGGCGUCGUCUGCUCCUCCGACGCGCGGGUCGUCAGCAUCGUCCUCCCCAACGCGCAGCUCGUGGGGUCCGUCGCCAGGGAGCUCGGCCUCAUCGAGCACCUCCGCCACCUCGACCUCUCCGGCAACGCGCUCAAUGGCACCAUCCCCGUCGAGCUGCUCCGCAUGCCGGAGCUCCGCGUUCUCUCGCUGGCGGGCAAUGGCAUCACGGGGGCGCUGCCAGAGCAGGUCGGCCAGCUGCGCAGCCUACGCGCGCUCAACCUCGCCGGGAACGCGCUCUCCGGCGUCGUCCCACAGAACCUCACCCUGCUCCCAAACCUCACCGCCGUGUCGCUCGCCAACAACUUCCUCUCAGGCGCGCUACCCGGAGGGGGGUUCCCGGCGCUGCAGGUGCUCGACAUCAGCGCCAACCUGCUCAACGGCACGCUCCCACCGGACUUCGGUGGGGCCGCGCUGCGCUACGUCAACCUCUCGUCAAACCGGAUUGCCGGCGCCAUACCGACCGAGAUGGCGUCGCGUCUGCCGGCCAAUAUCACCAUCGACCUGUCCUACAACAACCUAACCGGCGCCAUCCCGGCAGUGCCGCCGUUCUCGGUGCAGAGGCCCACUGCGUUCGCGGGCAACGCCGAGCUGUGCGGGAAGCCGCUCGACAGCCUCUGUUCCUUCACGUCCUCCUCCGCUGCGCAGCCCCGGAACGGCACUGCAAAGUCACCGCCGGCCAUCGCGGCGAUACCCAAGAACCCAACCGAGGCGCUUCCGGGCGAUGACACCAGCACUGCAGCCGGAGCACCGGCGUCGGGAGGGCAGGGCAGGAUGCGGCUUACCACUAUUGCCGCCAUCGCCGCCGGCGACGUGGCCGGCAUCGCCGUCCUAUUCGUGGUGGUCCUGUACGUGUACCAGGUGAGGAAGAGGAGGCAACGUCAGGAGGUGGCGAAGCAGAGGAUGGGGGUCGUGUUCAAGAAGCCGGAGUCGGACGCCGUCUGCCCGAGCCUGUCUUCCUGCCUGCGUCAGAAGGCCGGCGACGAGAGUGACGACACGGAGGAGAUCACGGACACGUCUGCCUCAUUCGCCGCCAAGGAGGGCAUCACGAACAAGAACAGCAAGGCGGUCGAAGCGGCGACCAAGAAGAUGGGCAGCGACGGCGCAGUGCUGGUGACGUUGGACGGCGGCGCGGAACUGGAGCUGGAGACGCUGCUGAAGGCCUCAGCGUACAUCCUGGGCGCGGCCGGCAGAAGCAUCGUGUACAAGGCCGUGCUCGCCGACGGCGCGGCACUGGCAGUACGCAGGAUCGGCAGCGGCGACGCCGGCGUGCGGCGGUUCAGCGAGCUGGACGCCCAGAUGCGCGCCGUGGCCAAGCUGCGGCACGGCAACAUCCUCCAGCUACGCGGCUUCUACUGGGGCCCCGACGAGAUGCUCAUCAUCCACGACUUCGCCGCCAACGGCAGCGUCGCCAACCUCUCCAUCAAAAGGAAGCCGGGCUCGUCGCCGAUAAACCUCGGGUGGAGUGCGCGGCUCCGCAUCGCGCGCGGCCUGGCGAGAGGCCUCGCUUACUUGCACGACAAGAAGUUCGUGCACGGCAAUGUGAAGCCGAGCAACAUACUCCUGGACGCGGACAUGGAGCCGCUGCUCGCCGACCUUGGCGUCGACCGGCUGGUCCGCGGCCCGGAGGGCGGGCUCAACCCGUCGGCGUCGACGUUGGCGGGGCGGUUCGGGAGCAAGCGUUCGGCAAAGAGCCUCCCCGACCUGUCGCCGCCGCCUGGCCAUGGUGGACCAUCGGCGAGCCCUCUCGCCGGCGCUCCCAGCGACACGGCGGUGCACUACCGGGCGCCGGAGGCAGCGAGGAGCCCGAAGGCGAGCUCCAAGUGGGACGUGUACUCCUUCGGCGUGGUGCUGCUGGAGCUGGUGGCGGGGCGCGCGCUGACGAGCUUGGAACUGUGCCAGUGCGGGGCGGAGGAGAAGGCGCAGGCGCUCCGGCUGGUGGACCCUGCGCUGCGCGGGGAGAUGGAAGGCCGGGAGGAGGCGGUGGCGAGCUGCCUGAGGCUGGGCGCCGCCUGCUGCGCCAUGGCGCCGAACAAGAGGCCAUCCAUGAGGGACGCGCUGCUGGCCAUCGAGAGGAUCCCUGCUCUAGCUUCCGCCGCCUCCCCCACAGCACCAUCAGGGGCUCGGUGAAAUCUUGAUUGUGGUUGUGAAGGCAAAAAAAUGUUGUUGAUGAUUGUGCAUUGUAGUUCGUUUGUUGUACUGCCAUGGUUUUCGAGCCAAUGGAAUUCAGAUUUUGGUGGCAA